AGGCAACCCCCACUAGGAUUCAUUCACCUCACAUCCAAUUCGCAACCAAAGAAACCAAACUCCCCUCCCCUCAUCCCAUCCCACCCGGUCUAAGCAAGGGCAAGCAGGGAAGUAAACAAAUGAACUGCCUCCGCACAACCGCCGCACGAGCCCUCCGCCCGCGCACAAUCGCUCCGCUGACCACGGCCCGCUAUGCCGGCGGAGGGUCCACAUCCCACUUCGAUGACAGCAGCGUGUACAAGUCACCCUUUGCCGGUCCCGGGCCCCGCGCCACAACAAGCAUCCCGGACUUCAGCAAGUAUCGUGGCGGGAGCACCUCGGGGAACAAGGUCUUUGGCUACUUCAUGGUCGGCACGAUGGGGCUUUUGUCCGCCGCUGGGGCGAAGGCAACUAUUCAAGGUCCCCUCCUCCCCUUUCUUCCGCCUCUAUCUGCCGCCAAUCACCGCGCUAAUCGAUUCUCUGGCACAGAUUUCCUGGUAAACAUGUCGGCAUCAGCCGACGUCCUAGCCAUGGCGAAGGUGGAAGUGGACCUCUCCGCUAUCCCGGAGGGCAAGAACGUCAUCAUCAAGUGGCGCGGCAAACCCGUCUUUAUCCGCCACCGCACGCCCGACGAGAUCGAGGAGGCCAACGCCGUCAAAGUGGAGUCCCUGCGCGAUCCCCAGACCGACGCCGAGCGCGUCAAGCAGCCCGAGUGGCUCAUCAUGUUGGGCAUCUGCACGCACCUGGGCUGCGUGCCCAUCGGCGAGGCCGGGGACUAUGGCGGGUGGUUCUGCCCUUGCCACGGAUCCCACUACGAUAUCUCGGGCCGGGUGAGGAGGGGGCCUGCUCCUCUUAAUAUGGAAAUUCCGGAAUACGAGUAU